AUGAGACGUAAUAACUCCGCUAACAAUAAUCUAUUCACAGUAUUCACAUUGAUUUUAUGUCCAAUCACGCUACUACUAGGCAACAUAUUGUCAUAUUUUGACAUCCAUGUAGCACUUUCAUCGGUACAAGAUAUGAAACAUAGUAUUAUAAAUGUGUAUUUUACUAAAUUGGGUUGGUUUUGGACAUCUUUGGUUGGAUGGUGGUGUAUCAUAAGAUAUAAAGUAAUACGCCCCGGUACUGCCCCUAGCACGUUGAAUUAUGAUAUAUUUAUGUACAUUUCAAUGAUUGUUUUCUGGUAUAUCUGUUCGCAAUCUCUGAUUUUUAUUGAUUCCUCUUUGAUUGAUCUGAUUUUUAAAUUGACCGGUGGCAAAUGCAUCAUCGAUACAAGUAAUAAUAGUAAAGACAGCGUUAACAAUACCACAAUUUACAAUUCCAUUGCCUGCAAAAGAAAUGGUGGUGAUUGGAUCGGUGGACAUGAUACGAGUGGCCACAUCUUUUUAACUACUCUAAUGUUAAUGUUCUUAUUGAGUGAAUUUAAUGUUUUCGGUGUAAAAGCAAUUAAACAGAUGCAUUUCAAGAGAAUUUUAAGGAAACUCAAAUCUAUUUUCUUCCAAAUAAAUUUUAUUAAAUAUGGUUGGAAAACACCUUUAGUAUUCUGCGUGAGUUUUCUCGGGUUUGUUAAGGACUUGCUUAAUUGGUUAGUUUUAGAAAAUCCAAUAAUUUUAUUAGUAUUUUUUUGCCUAUUAUGGUGGUGGAAUUUCUUGGUCACUGCCAUCGAAUUUCAUACCAUUUUAGAACAAUAUUCGGGGCUAAUAUUAGGUUAUUCGUUUUCUGUUGUUUUAUUUUAUAUAACCGGCCUUAUAUAA